GCUAGGCUUGAGUGGCUGAGCUUUUGAAUAUUGCAAGUCCAAUCACUUGUUUGAGCAGCCAUCCAUCAGUCUAGUUCUAACCCCAAACAUGCAACCUCGCAUAGAGAAAAGACCAUAUGGCCGAUGAGGGCAGCCUCUCCACCUGAAUUUUGGAGCAUUUCAAUCCCUUUCCAUGCCAGUUACUCUGCAGGAUUUGCUUAUAUAUUUUCGCGGCAAUAAAAGUCAAAUCCAGGGAUUGAAUUGGUAUCUUCUUCCUAGCAUCCUUUGCCGUUGUUUUUGUUCUGCAACCAGAAAAUCCAGAAACAUCAGUGAAUAAUCUUUCAAUCUUCCAGAUUUCUUACUUGUUGCUGCUGUGAAUGAGAGGAUAAAGAACAGCUGAGACCUGCAACCCAUGUCCAGUAGCAUCGAGAUGGCAAAUGGCACGAGCCAAGACGAUAACAUUGAGGGUAAUUUUAAGCUAUUGUGGAGUUUACGGAAGUAUUUGAUACUGCUUGGAACCAUAGCAGUCGGUGUGACAUACAAUGCUGGAUUAACACCACCAGGGGGAUUUUGGACACUAAAUAAGGAUAAGCACCAGGCUGGUAAUCCUGUUCUUCCUGUUGGUUACUUUCAACGGUAUGAGGUAUUCUUUUACUGCAAUGCAACGGCCUUUGCUGCAUCUCUUGUCUUAAUCAUCUUGCUUCUAAGUAAGAGUGCAACCAAGCAUGUGUUGUGGCUCCGGUCAAUGCAAUUUACCAUGAUACUGGACCUAUUCAGCCUGAUGGGGGCUUAUGCUGCAGGAAGCUGCAGGGCACUUAAGUCAUCCAUUUAUACCUGGAUUCUAGUUUUUGCUGUUUUCUUGUAUGUUGGGGUACAUGUCCUAGUAUUCAUGAGGGUUAUUCCAGAUAAGUUGAAAGAGAUGAUACAGAAAUUAUGGGGUGUCCACGACAGGCAAAGUGACAGACAUCAAGACAAAGAUGUUGAGGAUGCUCGCAAGUUCAUCUUGAUUCUUGUAACAUUUACUGCUACUGUCACAUACCAAGCAGGUUUGAGUCCACCAGGUGGCUUUUGGGCUGAAAAUGAGUAUGAUCCGCUUAGUAAGGUGCCUCCAGCCUUUCCUCCUUACAAGCACCAGCCAGCUACUUCUGUUCUUCGCAGUAACUAUCUUGACCGUUAUAAAUUAUUUGUUAGUUGUAAUUCAACUUCUUUUGUAGCUUCUUUGGUCACAGUCAUAUUGCUUCUGAGCACAGAAUUGAGCAAACAUGGGAUAAGGUCCAAAGCAGUCAUUGUAUGUGUUGUAGCUGAUCUAUUGUGCCUAGUUGGUGCCUAUGCUGCAGGAUGUUGUAGGGAUGUAGCAACAUCAUUCUACGUAAUGUUUAUUAUCAUGAUAGUUUUAAUCUGCCUUGCACUGUUGGUUGGGAUCUUUGCAUACAAACCUGUUGCAAUCUGGCUACAGAAUUUCAAAAAAGUGAGUCUGCGGUGUGUGAGUGCAACGGGUUGGAUGCUCUCAUCGAGCUCCAGGAGAAACGGAUUCAGUAAUGGAGAUCAUAACCAUGACACUGAGAUUGUUGGCACCAAUGAUGAUACUGAACCUGUUGCUAAUGGCCAUAUUCACAGCAACCAAGCAGCACCAAUUCAAAAUGUUAAUGGCAAUCAAAUUGAGGAGCACUUGAAUAAGACCCGCAAAAAUCUGCUGCUUCUUGCCAUUCUUGCAGUAUCCCUAACAUAUCAAUCAGGUCUGAAUCCACCAGGUGGCUUCUGGUCAGGAAAUGAAUUCCGUCAUGCAGACGGUGAUCACAUCCUUGAAGAAUACCAUCAUUCAGCUGGUGAUCGCAUUCUUGAGGACACAUACCAUUCCCGCUUUAUUGCAUUCUUUUAUCUCAACGCAGUGGCCUUUGUGGCAUCUGUUGUUAUGAUCAUUUUGCUCUUGAACAAGGUGAUGAUCAUGAAGGUUACAAAACAGUGUACAUUGCAGAUAGUCAUGAUUGUGAAUCUCCUUUCCCUGACUGGAGCAUUUGUUAUGGGGAGCUGCAGGGAAGCAAAUAAGUCCAUUUAUAUAUCAGUGUUACUCUGUCUGGUACUUGCCUACGUUCUUGUUCAUGUUCUAAUAGCAAUACAUGUUCUAUGUGGAAUGGCAUCGCCGGCAUCAUCUGUGUCACCGCAGAACCGAACAGAGGAUACUAAGGAGUUGGGGAGGAGGCGUAAUCUACUAUUGACACUUUCAGUUCUAGCUGCAACUGUCACAUACCAAGCUGGCAUGAAUCCUCCAGGAGGUGUAUGGUCUGAUGACAAGGAUGUCAGUGGCAAGCCAGGCAAUCCGAUCCUCCAGGACACCCACCCAAAACGCUAUGAUGUGUUCUAUUACUCAAAUUCACUAUCCUUUGUGUCUUCUGUAGUUACCACAAUACUACUUGUGAACAAGGAAUCCUGUGAGCAUGGGAUAAAAUCACAUGCAUUGCGAGUGUGUUUGGUGGUGGGCUUGGUUGGCCUCUUAAUCGCCUAUGCUGCUGGAAGUUGCAGGAAAGCAAUACAGUCUAUUUAUCUGAUCAUCAUUGCUGUUGCAGUUUUGAUCUCCGUUGUGAUUCAAGUCUUUCUACUCUCUUCAACAAAUAGUAAUACACUGCAGACGUUUUUGUCAAUACGGGAUGUCAAUCAAGACAGUUCUUCUGGGCCGCAAGAAAGUACAGAUCCUCAAGAGAAAAAAGAGAGGAAAAGGAAAAAGUAUCUGAUGCUGCUUGCAGUUUUAGCAGCUUCCAUAGCAUACCAAGCUGGUCUGAAUCCACCUGGUGGCUUUUGGCCGGAUGACGGUGGCCACAAGGCUGGCAAUCCAAUUCUUCAUGAUGUGAAUCAUAGGCGCUACAAAACAUUCUUCUGCUUCAACGCAUUCUCCUUCAUGUCAUCAAUUGUUGUGAUCAUGCUUCUGCUGAGUAGAACUAUCAGAGAGAAGGAUGUACAUAUUGAUGUAUUGUACUUGAUCAUGAUACUUGAUUUACUGGGUCUCAUGACAGCUUUUGCUGCAGGAAGCUGCAGAAGAUUCAGGACAUCAGUCUAUGUCUAUGGGCUAGUAAUCUGUGUUGUGGUAUACCUUUUGCUUGUGACCGUUUUAUCAAGUGGAAUUGCAAAAUAUCUGAGAUCGAGGAAGGUUCAAAUUCCUUCUCAGGACCAUCCUGAAAAUGCUUCAAGAGCAGACACACCCAAUGCCUGAACAUCAAGUUUGAAGGUUUUUGUGUUCACAGAACAACAAUGAGUUGAAAAUCACCUUUUGUUUUUUCUUCAGAUAGUGGGCAUUUUCAGUUCUUAGCAUUUGUUCUUUCAUGUUCAGUUUAACUUGAAAUCUUUUUCUCUUUCAGCUUAUGGGGGAAGCCUUCGCCCCAACUCAACAGCUUUUUGUUGUUGUAAACAAAAUCUUUGUACUGUUCUUUUUUCCCCAAUCUUAAUGGAAUUUGGUCGCCAGUUCCUUCGGCCGACCCGGCAAAAAAGUAUCAGCGGAUGCUAUUUGACAUAUUUGAUCAGGGUUGAAAAUUUUAGAAUGAAGCCUGAAGCUGCACAUCACCACAUGUAUGGCUUGCUUAAAUCUCUUGCAUUUCUUCUCAAUUGAGCUACAAGUAUCUGGUACUCUGUGGUUCGAUCUUGCAGAAAGUUGUAUAAUUGUGCCAUAGAAGUUUGGUAUGGUUAUCAGACUGAUCUUUCAGCAAGUAUCUGUAAUGUAAGAAGUGUUUAUUAUGAUUUUCUGUUAUCCGUCCUUUGUUUUACUACAGCUAAACUGCUUAAAAUGUUGGUAGUCUCAGGUUUUGCGAUUAUUAUAACUCUGAAAGUUAGCUCUUUCUUUUUAUUCUGCUUUCUCUUGAAUUUUUCUGUUAUGAUGAAGUACCAACCACACAUGGGUGAGAUAUUAAUGUUAUGGAAUUAGUUAUUUGAUUGGCUUACAUAUGCGUGCUUUAUGGAUAUUUUGGUGCUUGUGACUAUAUAGUACAUCAGUAUCACCAAGACAGCAAUUUUGAUUUAUCCCUGUUGCUUUGUGCAAAAAAUAUUGCCUAUAUAAACAUUUGGUAAACGAUAGCCUACUAGUGUAUUGUGUGUUUUGCAGAAUUAAUAUAUCGAGUCUUGUGUGGAGAUUUUUAUGUAUUGUGUGCUUUCCAGUUGAAAGCUCUUUUAGUUUGUUAGUAAUCCUUUCGGAUAGCAUCAUUUCGAACACAGGAGUUCUAUUGGAUUUUUAUCAGAAUUAGUUUAAUUACUUAAAUGGGAAAUUGAGAAUGUUGUUGGGUUGAAACAGCUUUUUACCGUUCAGAUCUUGUGUUUUUCUUUAAGCAAAAUGUAGGGCUAGUUUUUCAGGUACAACUGAAUAUAAUCGAUAAAUUUCUUUCAAAAAAAUAAAUUAUUAAAUGUAUUUUUUAACCUUGUGCAGUUGGAGCCCGGGGAAUCACCAUCUCUCUCUCGCUUCACCUGUUGUUGUUGUUGUGUUGUGUUCUUCCCCCUCUCCUCUUGGAAGAGUGGGGGUUUAAAUGCAGUAGGCUGGCUGGCUGGCUGGCUUGGCAGGCAGUGACUCGGUUUCUCUCUCCUCUCUCUCUCUCGUGGCUGUUUUGCACGAUGGAUGGAGGAGGCGAGAGGAUUUUCACAGCAGAUUUCACGAGAGAAACGCAAGCAGCAGGCAGAGCGAGCUGGGCGGCUGGGCCGUUUUAUGAAGUGGCGUGUCCCGCAGUAGUAGCAACCAGCGG